AUGUUUUGGUUGCCGAAGGUGUGCACAGAAAAGGACAGAUUUAAAGACCCCGUCGUAUUGUUGAAUUUAAGGGGUGACAUAAGACAGUAUACCUCUGACACUUGCCUUUUUAUAUCCAACAUAUCCGACUUGUUUGUUAUCGUUAUUAACAUUAAGAAUUUAAAAAACGAUCGCUUAGCAAUUGAAACAGCCAUUAAACACUUCAAAAGAAUUAUUUUUAUCAUUACUGACUCUGAACAUGAGGUAGAUGAAAUUGAAGGUGUACUAGAAACUUUCCUGCCACCAUUAGAAAAAGAGAAACAAAUUGUAGAAGUUGAAUUUACGUAUCAAAGGAACAUGCUUGAAAUAGCAUCCACAGUUACUGCCAUUAUAAAUGAACACAGUAGUUCAGAAUACAAUACUUUGGAAAAACGUCUGAUUGAUGUAGAUAUUGUAACUGACGAACAGUCUGAAAUAUGUACAAAGGGUAAAGCAAUAGCUAGGAAUAUUUUCCAAAAGAUCGAAUUUGCUGGACAGUCUCCUGAAAUUUGGAAAAGUACUGUUACACCAGUUCAUUAUAAAUAUUCACCAGAACUAGGCAGUUUAAUGAAAAGAAUGCAAAGAGAAAAAGACGAAGAUGAACGAGAAACUCUCAUAGCAGAAAUCGAGCGAACCAGACACGAGCAACUCGAAAAUAUAACUGAUACAGUGAGAUAUUUUCUUCGUAACAUCAUAAAAUAUCAGAACCAGAAACCAUUAUUAGGUUUUGUUUUGUGUUGGCUGACUGUAUUCAUAGACAGGAAGAAGCGGACAAUCAUGCCCACAUUGACAAAACAGAAUUUAACCGCUUGGGAGAAGCGAAAAGAGAUAGUUUCUAGAGACUCAAAAGCAAUUGAUCAAAUAAAUGAAAAUGAAAAAUUAAUUGUUGAGACCGAAAAUGCUAUAAGAGCAGCCUCCUUUGGAAUAGAAAAUUUAUUCAGAGAAAUUGGGCAUAUAUACGAUGCUGCUAUGACGUUGUCUAUUAGCCCUGACAGUAAGAAGUUGCCAUCAAUUCAAGAGGUGGUAAGUGUUUAUGCAGAAUUAUUUUUAGACGGUCAUACAUUAGAAAUAAUUGACGGGGAAAGUUUUUAUAUGCCAUACGAAUGGAUAAAGUCUGUAAUGGAGGUUGCAACAAAAAAGAUAGAGUCCAAAAAGGUCUUUGCAAUUUCUGCACUCGGGCUUCAGAGCUCAGGAAAGUCUACACUGUUAAAUACGAUGUUUGGAUUACAGUUUGAAACAAGUUCUGGCCGAUGCACUAGAGGAAUAAAUAUACAUCUGGUUCACAUUAACCAACCUGAUAAAAUGCAAGUACCUUUUGAUUAUGUUCUAGUAGUUGAUACUGAAGGUCUGCGAGCCCCCGAAUUGAUGCAUGAUAAACACGAACACGACAAUGAACUAGCUACUGUUAUAACUGGAUUAGGAGAUAUUACUAUUAUUAAUAUAAUGGGAGAGAAUUUUAGUGAAAUGAGCGAAGUUCUGCAGGUUGUUGUUACAGCUUUUCUCCGUCUUAAACUUGCAAACAGAUCAUUAGAUGUACGUAAAUCAUGCGUGCUUGUCCAACAAAACAUAACAGAACUUUCUGCUCAUGACAAGCUGAAACCAGCUUUAAGAAAGGCAAAAGAAGAACUAGAUAAAAAAACAAAGGAGUCUGCGGAAAUGCAUGGUAUUCAAGAUAUUAAAACGUUCGACCAAUUAAUCGAGUUUGAUAUACCCAAACAAGUAUGUUACUUACCAAAUAUGUGGCAAGGUAACCCACCACUAGCUGUUGUGAAUUUAGAAUACACUAAUAGAGUAAGUAGCGUAAAAUACCAGUUGAUUGAAAUAGCCACUUUAAUAAAAUCAAAAACAUAUAAAACUCUUAUAGACCUUGCAACUCAUGCAAACGACUUAUGGCAAGGAGUUUUAGCUGAAGAUUUCGUCUUUUCCUUUAAAAAUAGCUUAGAAAUUAAAGUUUUUGUACAACUGGAACAAAAAAUGCAAACUCAUUUAUCUGAAUUUGAAAGCAGUUUAUAUGAAAAAUUUCUUGAAAUGUCACGAGAGAUAUUUUGCAAAUGUGAGAACGAAAAGGGUUUGACGAAUGCAAAGCAAAAUAUACUUAACGACAUAGAGGAAAUAUGGUCGGAGCAGUAUAGUUCGCUAGAAAAAGAGAUGAGUAAUUAUUUUGACAAACACGAUAAUAAAGACAUAAUUAUGCAAUAUGAUGAAUAUUCAACAAGGCGCGUUGAAGCAAGUUGUCUGGAUUUGUUAAAUCAGUUAAAAGUGGACGUUGACAAUUUCAAAGAAGAACGAAGCAUUGAUAUACUAAUAAAUGAAAGCAAAAGAGCGCAUGAGGACACAAUAUAUGACAGGACUUUACAAUUAGCAAAGGAAUUAAAAGGCCAAAACCUCGAAAGAGAAAAGCUAGAUAAAGACUUUUACAUCCUUUGGGAUACAUUGGUAUCUGAUGCACAAUUGUAUCAACGAAGGGUUCGUAACAAUGAAUCAAUGAGAAAGGCAUUUAUUAAUUGUUUGUAUAAAAAUUUUCUUCGUUUUACACCAAUGCUAACAAAGCAGCUCAAAAAGACCAAUAUGCUCACAAUGCCUGUUCCAGGCUCUUUCGGAUCGUUUGACAAUAUUGGAAUAACAACAGAGGAUAUCAAAUUGCCAGAACAAAAUUUUCUUGACGGUUCGCAAGGGAAAGAGGAUAUAGGCCAAAAUGUCGAAAACGAAAAAUUAGAUAAAGACUUUGAUAUGGCAAUUGUCAAAGAAGAUGUAGAAAAUUUGUUGAAACAUGUCAAUGAGAUAAUAGAGAAAUACUUGUCUGAAAACAAAGGUGAAAUAAGUUCACACAAUGUUAAGUCUUUGAUAAAACAGGUAGAUGAGGUCCUUCGAAAGAUGCCUGAAAAGAAGCAAUAUAGUUUACAACAGUCAUUUCAAAUCAAAUUUCUAGUUUAUAUUAGCUGGUAUUGCCAUGACCGCUUUGAGAAUCAUAAUGCCGAUAACCGAGAAAACAGAAGUACCGAAGUUCGUCUCCAAAGGUAUCAAGGACAUAUGCUAAAAAUAUUUUAUGCAAGAUUGCAAGAUCGAAAAGCUGAAGAAACUGCUGCAUUGUCGUUAAGUCAAACAAUAGAGAACGUUCUUCGCGACGCAGUGUCCGAGAUAUUACCGUUAAGAAUUUGGUCUGCGUUAUCCAGUCAUUUUCCGAAACUAAAAGGCCAAUUGAUUGUUAAGAUACUUGAGGAUUUAGUGAAAAAGAACAAUUUCAAACUGUUCGCACGUUUUAACCACACACCAAAAUCAUACGCCGAAGAAUGGAUAAAAGCGGAAGCGGAGCUAUUUUUGUUUUGUAAAAAACGAUUCCAAUAUUCUAGGAUAGCGUCUACGGUAAUUGCAGAAUUAUUUGCCGAUAUCAAAAACGGAAUCGAAUCAAAUGUGAAGGAUACAUCAGACAAAACAACAAUACUUUCCUUUGAGGACUGGAUUCGGGGCUUCAUAGCCAACCUGAAGAAGUGUCAAAUACCAGAAAUAGAGUGUUUACGUGCAAAACGAGAACUUACUGAUGAAAGACUAGAUUUGAAAAAUUUAAAAGAAAUUCUUUUGAAUAAACUUUCUAGUUUGGAAACUGAUUUAAAAAAUGAAUUCAGUUCACAAGGGAACGAAACUGUGGAGUGGUUUGGACGUACGUUUAAUCCAUGUGACAAAUUAAUAAAACAAAUAUGGGGUUGCGAUGCUCAGUGUCCCUUCUGCCUUGAGCCAUGUGCGAAAAAUUCAAAUCAUGAUGGGGUGGCGCCUCAUAGAUGCUUUCAGCACAAGCUCAGAUGCUGCACCGGUGUGAGAAAGGUUGAAUCUAAGGCUGCACGUUUAUCUUCAUGUAAUUAUGACGUACGGUCUACCAGUACCUACAGAUGUGAUUACUUGAAUUACAUAUGCAAUCCUGAAAAACAGGAGCCAUGCAAAAAUAAACGUCACAAGUAUAGUGACUAUAAAAGGUUUUUUGCGGACUGGGAUAUACAGCCGAAUGCCAAUAUUGAUGACAAGCCCAAGUUCUGGAUGUGGUUUAUGGUCAGAUAUGAACAGCAAAUAAAGGACUAUUACAAAAUGAAUACAUCCAAAAUACCUGUCAGUUGGAGAAAUAUAUCAGAGUCUGAGGCAUUAAAAAGCUUACGGAUGUCAUACAUAGGGAAAUAA